GAAUGAUAAAAGUGACCAGCGGAAGGUGAUUAAUCGAUCGAUUAGCCUAAAACCAAUCGCUCAGGAGGGAGUUCAAUGUGGGCUGACCAGUCGUCUUUGCGUCACCUGAUUGGCUGUUUGACUUAGGGAAACCCGUUUCAUAUUGAAGUUAUCCGAACUUUCGCCGUGGAAAUGGGCUUCUUGUUAUUAGCGGAGUCUUUGGGUUGUUUAUGUAGGCUACUUGAGUUUAGCCAGUGAAGUUGCGGUGGUUUGUGCUCGUGGCAGACAAACAUGCGGGACAUGAACGUGUUCGCGCGCUCCUCCGUGCUCGCCGCCGAGAUGAUGGAGGUGUUUGAUCGCACUCACACGGAGAAAGAGCUGGUCUUUCAGUCCAAGGAGCUGUGUAGAGACUUCAUUCACUCCAGGAUCACGAGAGAAGGACUGAGUUGGUCAAAAGUCGAGCUGGACCUGCCAGAACCACACGGAGUUCUUGUAGAUGUGUCUGUGGUGCUGCUUAAACUGGGUGAUGAACUGGAGUGCAUGCAUCCAUAUGUGUAUCGUAAUAUCGCAAAGCAGCUGAAUAUCAGCGUAGCGGUGGAAGCUGUGGUUUCAGAUGCAUUUCUCUCGGUAGCAACAGAGAUCAUGGCCAUGGGGAUCACAUGGGGUAAAGUGGUGGCCAUCUACGCUGUAGCCGCUGGGCUAGCGGUGGACUGUGUGGGACUGGGCCAUCCUGUCAUGGUGCACACUAUUGUGGACAGUCUGGGAGAGUUUGUGCGGAGAAGUCUUGUGCCAUGGCUCAAAAAGAGAGGAGGAUGGGUUGACAUUUUAAAAUGUGUGGUGAACAUGGACUCUAGAGCUCAUGUCCAUUGGUUAUCGACAGCAGUGUUAACAUGGAGGGAAUUCAUAAAGACUAUGUACAUCUACCUGACGAAGUAGACUUGUGCAUGAAUUCAUCGUGUUGACCAAGGACUCUAUCUUUCCCUCCGAGAACUGUUUGUGGAGAAAACGGCCCCUCACAAAGGUCACAGCACAAUCACUCAGAUUUAAAUGCACCCUAAUCAUCAUUUACCUUCUUGUUUCUUUAAUGCUAUUCAAAGACUGAAACAAUCACUAUGAUCUGACACUGUGUGGAGGGAAAGGUGCCAUGGAGGGACAUGAUGUCUGUCUUCCUUUGGUUUAAAUGAGCCAGAAAUAAGGUAACGGGUAACGGAGUUGUGUGGAUUCAUCCUAUACUGAGGUUUUAUAUUGAAUGAAUGGAGCGAUGAGUGAAAAGCUGUCAGAUUUUUAUUUUUUACAAAACUGCGUAAUUAAGAUGACGUUUGGAGUGUCACUUUGCACUUUCAGUUUGUACAGUUUGUAUGUGGUGUGUGUUUAACACUGUUGUCACCAGCUGUACACAUCUUGAAAUAAAGUUUUUAAUGUGUGUACUGAGAAAGUGAAUGUUUGUACAGAGAGAUGUCUUCAAGAAAUAUCAGGGAUAUUUUGUUUAGCUCACAAAAAUGGGCCACAAUCAAAUUUAUUUUUCCUUUUGAUUCCUUGGCUCAAGCCGAUUCAAACGCACCAUAUGACGUCAUUUUCUGUGAUGAACAUUUUUUCACUAUUUCGAAUUUUUCGUAAAACCUAUUUGAACAAACUCGUCCUAGGCCGUCUGAUUUUCACCAAAAUUUAAUCA